AUGUUACUUAAGAAGACAGAAGAGGACGCAAUAGUUACACGUAUACUAGAGCUAGAUGAGCAAGGGAUAGGCCCUACAAGGACUAUGGUAGAAGAAAUGGCCAACAAUCUGCUCACUGCACGCGGUGAAGGACCCGUUGGCAAGAACUAG